UGGGAAAACAUGGCCGCUUUCAUAACAGUCACAUACACAUAGCUUCGCUUUAAGGCUUUAUCUCUGUCUGUCUGACAAAAUACCGUAAUUUAAUGUUCACAUAAGCUCGAGUGCAAACUGAAAACAAUGCCCCAGUAUUACGAGGAUAAAGAGGAGGACGCUCGCGCCUGUGCCGGAAUCAGAGAAGAUUUUAAGGCUUGUCUCCUUCAGCACGACUGCGUUGUAAAGGAAGGCAAAAAGCCCAGUGAGUGUCUGAAGGAGGGACACUGCAGAGCCCUGCAGGUUUCAUUCUUCGAGUGUAAAAGGUCAAUGCUGGACACAAGAUCUCGGUUCAGAGGCAGAAAAGGCUACUAACUGGACCCUAAUUUAUUUUUGAGGUGCCAGAAGGAGCAGAAGAUGAGAUCUCAACUUAAUUAUAUUGUAAUUUAAAUUGUAAAUAUGAGCUUUUGUUUGAUUGCCAAGUUACCACUGUUGUGUCCUUAAGUAACAAAGUUGUAAGUCGCUGGAUAAAAGCAUCAGCCAAAUGAGAUGAAUGUAAAUUUGUUGAUUUUGCUUGUAGCUACUACAAGUAGCACGUGAAUGUUUCAUGCCACAAUUUAAGCUCAUAAUUGUAUUGACACGCUGGCUUGACAGCUAUGUGAAUAAAUUUGUUUGUUAGUAGCAAACAUGCUCCACUUUCUUCUGGUAAUACAGUUUCAUGCUUUCCAUGACAUUUGUGAUGUGAUGUCUUUUAUAGUAAGGCACAUACUCAAACAUUACACUUUGAGUGUGAAAUUUUGUAGUUUUUUUUUUUAUUAACAGCACCUACAUAGUUGCAUGUAUAGAUUUCUUUUUCAUUGCUGUGGGGAGUAACAGUGGGAAUGUGUGGAAAAAAAAUUCACAUGAACAAAUUGUUGAAUUAUUAAAAAAAACCUCAAA